UCCGCCUACUCCAGCCUCCGCCGCCUCAGCUUCCCGAGCGAGCCCUACGGCCGCCGGAGCAGCUCCCGCGGCGGAGCAGGAGCCGGAUGGUCAGAGGAGCCCGGCAGCCCCAGCAGCCGCGGAGUCGCCUGGGCCCCAGACUGACUGGCACAGUGGAGAAACCACCUCGAAAACGGAAAAGCAGGACUGAAUUUGCUCUUAAAGAAAUCAUGUCCUCUGGAGGUGCUGAAGAUGACAUCCCACAGGGAGAGAGGAAAACAGUUACAGAUUUUUGUUACCUUCUGGAUAAAUCUAAGCAACUGUUCAACGGGUUAAGAGAUUUGCCACAAUAUGGGCAGAAGCAAUGGCAGUCUUAUUUUGGAAGAACUUUUGAUGUUUACACCAAACUCUGGAAGUUCCAGCAGCAGCACCGACAAGUCUUGGAUAAUCGGUAUGGCUUGAAGCGGUGGCAAAUAGGGGAAAUUGCUUCUAAGAUUGGGCAGCUAUACUACCAUUAUUACCUGCGCACAUCUGAGACCAGCUAUCUGAAUGAGGCUUUCUCCUUCUAUUCUGCAAUCAGGCAGAGAUCAUAUUAUUCUCAAGUCAAUAAAGAGGACAGACCUGAGUUGGUAGUUAAGAAGCUACGAUACUAUGCAAGAUUUAUAGUAGUUUGUCUUCUUCUCAACAAAAUGGAUGUUGUAAAGGAUCUGGUGAAGGAACUCUCGGAUGAAAUUGAAGAUUAUACUCACCGCUUUAAUACUGAAGAUCAAGUGGAAUGGAACCUGGUGCUUCAAGAAGUAGCAGCUUUCAUUGAGGCAGACCCUGUGAUGGUAUUAAAUGAUGAUAAUACCAUUGUUAUCACGUCUAAUCGCCUUGCUGAAACAGGAGCCCCAUUGCUGGAACAGGGCAUGAUUGUGGGACAGUUGUCUCUGGCUGAUGCACUCAUUAUUGGUAAUUGUAAUAACCAGGUUAAGUUCAGUGAACUAACUGUUGACAUGUUCCGGAUGUUACAAGCCCUGGAAAGGGAGCCAAUGAAUUUAGCUUCCCAGAUGAAUAAACCAGGAAUGCAGGAAUCAGCUGACAAGCCUACCAGGCGAGAAAACCCCCACAAGUACCUGCUCUACAAACCAACGUUCAGCCAACUAUACACAUUCUUAGCAGCAUCUUUUAAGGAGCUGCCUGCCAAUAGUGUGCUUCUGAUUUACCUGUCAGCCACUGGCGUUUUCCCCACAGGUCGUUCUGAUAGUGAAGGUCCUUAUGAUUUUGGAGGGGUACUUACUAAUAGUAACCGAGAUAUUAUAAAUGGAGAUGCCAUCCACAAACGAAAUCAGUCCCACAAGGAAAUGCACUGCCUUCAUCCUGGAGAUCUCUAUCCCUUCACAAGGAAGCCCCUGUUCAUCAUUGUGGAUUCAUCCAAUAGUGUGGCGUAUAAGAAUUUCACAAACUUAUUUGGACAGCCACUAGUCUGCUUGCUUUCUCCUACAGCAUAUCCAAAAGCUUUACAAGAUCAGUCUCAACGAGGUAGCCUGUUCACUCUCUUUUUGAACAAUCCUCUAAUGGCCUUCCUAUUUGUCUCUGGAUUGUCAAGCAUGCGUAGAGGCCUAUGGGAAAAGUGUCAAGAAUAUCUUCGAAAAAUCAACCGCGAUAUUGCCCAGCUACUGACCCAUUCACGUUCAAUAGAUCAGGCAUUUCUCCAGUUCUUUGGAGAUGAAUUUCUUCGCUUGCUUCUCACAAGAUUUAUCUUUUGUUCAGCCACCAUGAGGAUGCACAAGAUUUUUCGGGAAACACGAAAUUAUCCAGAAUCAUAUCCACAACUGCCAAGGGAUGAAACAGUGGAGAACCCUCACCUCCAGAAGCACAUUUUGGAAUUAGCAUCCAUUCUGGAUGUGCGAAACGUGUUCCUUGAGAAUACCAUAGACGACUAUUAAAACAAAAAUCCUCUGUUGAAACAAGUUUUCAUUUGCCACAGAUUUUAAAUGGUGCAGUUUUCUAAUGUGAUGACAGACACAGUGGUGUUAUUUAGCUUUUAUUUUUCAAUUUAGGGCCACCAUUUUAAAAACAAGCUGAAAAAAAUUGUUCAAACUUUUAGGGUAACUUUUAAAAUACAGUAUUUCAGGUCUUUUAAAAACUCGAUUAAUCUUGGAAUUUUUAUUUUUUGGUUUUGAGGUACAGAUACUUACCUCUAACAUCUGAUCCUACACUCAUAUAGUCACUAUUCUCACCCUGAGAAGAGUAAACCAUUUAUUUUUGUAUAAUGAGGAAAACCCAACUCUUAUACUUGGACCUUAAAUGUGUGGAUUUGGAAAAUAUGUAAUUGUUCACAAAUAUGAAACUAGCCAGCAUGGACUACUAAGAAUCAAGAACAGAGCCCUUCCAUAAUAUUUCUUUUCAUUCCAAGUUAGUAGAUAGAAAAAUAUGUGGUUCUUUGAAGCCUAAUCAAGAUAGUUCUUAAAAGCAUUUAAUUCGUUUAAAUGCUGUCAAAAUUUCAGUAACUGUAUAGGAUUGAUUUGCAUCUGAAAAGCUGAAUCUUUAAUUGGGGUCUUGAGAUGAUACAAAUCAUUUGGAAUGUGUGAGUCCUGUGUUAUCAUAAGAUAUGUUUGCAUAUUUUGUUUUCUUUGUAGUCUUUGAAUGCUGGAAGUGAAAAAGAAUAACUUUUAAAUCUUUCAGUCAAAAAAUCAGAUUGUCGUUUUCAUAAUACAGUGUUUCCAUAGGAAUUCCAUUUAAACUUUUAUUAAUUAAUGAGAUCAAGUUUAAAGACUGUCUAGGUUGAGGUCUGUGGUAUACAGUAGAGAGUUUGUAAUCUUUUUGCCUAGUUCAGAUUUAUGAAACUUCAGAGUACUUACUAAUUUUAGUUGAGGGUAACUGAAUUGUUAUAUAAUUAAAAUGGAAGUUGCUUUUGCAUUGACAAUUUGGAAAUUAGGUUUUUAAAAACUCCUUAUAUUUACUAUUUUAUAUUUCAUGCACAAGUUUUUUAUUAUUUUAUAUAGGACCCAGUGUAUUAUAUAAAUAUUUUUGUGUUUUUUCUUCCCUUUCAUCCCCUUCAUAAUUUUACAGGCACUAGCUAUGAUUUCUUUCCCCUCUUUUGACUCCCCAGCAUUCAAGUUCAGAAAUCUAUGAAUCAAAAGCCCUUCUACCUAAUUUUCUGUACAGGCUCACAACUCUACCUCUGGCAGUCCCAGGGGAAAUGAGGUGUUUGCUUUUGGUGCCUCUUUCCUGUGUCCCUAGGGAAAUUUUACUGUAAUAUUUUUAACUUGGUUUUUAUUUCUAACAUACAGAAUUAUUUUGGUCUAAGUUAUUCAUAUACAUGUUCCAAUUUGUUGGUUUUUCAUCUGAAGUCUUGAAGUUAUUGUUUUUGGGUUUGGGAGACUUUGUGGGUUUUUUAAUUAAUUUUUUAAAAGUCAUUUUUGUUUGUUCUUUUAAACAUUAUUUCAGAAGGCUUUGGAAAAGUUACCCUGGAGAGAGAUUUCCUUUGCUAGUGGGUUUUCAUUAUCAGAUAAAGACUGCUUUCCUUUUUUUUUUCCCCCAGUACCUUAAUAAACUUCAUAGCUUUCCUUUCAUAACAGUGUUCACCUGAACUACAGCAAUAGACUGUCCUUAGUUAUCUGACCUCUUGUUUCAAUUUCCCUGAAGUUCUGUGCCAGUAAGAUUCCUAGCGACACAUAUUCUCCUGUUCUCUGAUGCUUAAAAUAAUAUUUAUCAUCCUGAGCUUUAUCCUCACUUGAUUAACAUAAAGAACACUGGUUUGAGAAGUAGGAGACCUGAGUUCUAAUCCUGGCUUUCCUGGUAACUAGCUUUAUGCCCUUUGACAAGUGUCUUCAUGUCUCUGCUUUUUAGCACUCUCAUCUGUAAAAUGAAGGCAUUGGCCCAAGGUUCUGUCCAAUUCGGUGGUUCUAUAAUUUGAACUCUCGGUUCCAAAAGAUAUUGAUUUUCCCACCCCUGCCACCUGGAAAAUUGGUUUACCUUAUUUUAGUAUGCACAACAUUUUCUUUUCUAUAUCAUUUUUACCUAGUUUUUGUUCAAGAAAAUAUCUGGGUCCCACUUAGUUGUUGUAGAAACUAGUUCAGAGGGAGAAUCUCUGGAAGAAAUUAGAGCUUUUGUUAUUAGUAACAUGUUUGUCUAAGAACAAGGGGUCUUGGAACUCACAGCUAGUGUUUAGAUGAUGACCUUGCUCCUCAAGUUAAUAGUAGUGUAAUUCCUUACUGGUGGUUAAAAAUUUAAAGUGAACUGAAAUGAUCUUGAGAGGAAAACUGUGCUGGAAAAUUCUAAACUAUUGUUUCAUUCAUGCCUUUAAAAAAAUGUGUAUUGAGCAACACUAUACUCCAGAUUUUGUCCUAGGCUUUGGUGAACCAGACAACGUAGACUUAAAAGUCCUUGUUUUCAUGAAGCUUAUAUUCUAGUAGGAGGAAUCAGGCAAUAAAUACAAUAAAUAAGUAAAUUUAUGUUAGAAAGUUUUAAAUAGUAUGAAGAAAAUUUAGAGCGUGGCAAGGGAAAUUUUUCGUUUGUUUUUAGGCAGAGAAUAAUGUUCAGUGAGUGAUCGGGGUAGGCCUUAUUGUGAAGGUUACAUUUGUGCAAACACUUGUAUUCCUUUGUUGUUUUUUUUUAACUUUUUGUUAUGAAAAUUUAAAACAUACACAGAGUUUAAUGAACCUUGUAUACCCAUUACCCAGCUUCUACAUUUUAAGACCUUACUUUAAUCGAGGAAGAGGAAAUGAAAAAGGACAAUCACUCAAUGGGCUCAAGACGACAAUGGCAGAGAAUCUUAUUUUCUCAAUAUAUACUGCUCCCCUUUAUGAAUAUUAAAAUGUUAAACCCUUUAUUUAUUUUUAGAAUUCAUAGAAAUUUAAAUUUUGGAACUAAGAACAAAGCAAAACAAUGGGAAAGGGCACUUCUUUGCUUUCAAAUUGCACAAAUUCCCCCCUGGAGAUUCUGAUACAGUGUCUCACCUCACCUAAGAACCACUGUAAACAAAAUAGUGUAGGAGUGCAAGAAGUCAGUUAUAUACAAACAAAAUUAAGCACAAUGGAAUUGUUUUCUCUUUCUUUGUCCGUAUCUUUCUGAAGUUGAUAAAGCAACUAUCUUCCCUAAUUUACAGAAGAGAAAGCUGAGACCCCAAAAAACUGUCAGUUUUUUUUCAUAAAGAUGGAGCUAGAACUAAAACUCAAAUCUCCUAAUCUCAGCCCAGUCUUUCCAGUAGCUCAGGUUGCUUUCUAUAAUGAACAAGAAAGAAAUAAUUAGAGAUUUAUAUUUUGGCACAAAAGCUAUGGUAUUUUUUUAAUAUAUCAAAUAUUGAAACCAGUAAAUCAAUCAGCCCCAGCAAAUUUUUAUUUAUUAAUUAUAAAAAAAUCCACAAGUCAGACAUUUUAUCUUUGAUUUUAGCCAGGGUAUAUCCUUUGUGUAUGUGUGUGUGUGUUUUCUUCCUAGGAAGUGGUGCUCUCAAAAACCUCAAAGCACAUAGAAUUUAUUGUACCCUUUAUAUUUUUACCAAGUUGAAAUGUUUUGAGAUUAUAAAAGUAAAGUGCAAUCUAGUCAUGACUGAAAUUUUCCUGGUAAAGGAUCUGGAUUUUAUUUUUUCUCACUUGUGGCUACUAUGCUUUGUUUUCUUCUUGCAGUAGUAUUCCCUGAGACAGAUUAGGUGGUGAUUGAACUGAAUUUCUUUGAGGUAAAGGGAAAAGCAACAAAUCCGAUUUAUAUAUUAAUUAUGAGAGCUUUCAUUAGCAUUUUUCUCCAAGUUUAAUCUCUGACCUGUGUGAGUUAGUAACUUUCUGUCUCUUAGAAGGGUUUUGGACUCUGUUGAAAAAUCUUGUACUUAGUUAUCCACAGAGACUUGUAAUCAGUCUGAUAUACAGAGAAUAUUCUGGACAGGAAAUAUAGUAAGGUACCAAGGUCUGCAAACUUGGCUACUGCCUGUGAUUCAGAACCACCUCCCCAUCCUAAGUGAGUAAAAAGAUUUGAUAUGAAUAUGAAUGGUAUGAAUCUCCUGGUGAUAUUUUGGGUGUAUAUGUUCCUGUAUGUUUGUUUGGAGAGUAUUAAGGAUAUUUACAUUGAGGGCUCUUUGUUGUCCUUAUUUAUUUGAAACUCUUAUUUUAUUUGCAAUGGCAUGUAUAUAUUUUCAUGAUGCUGAAUCUCUGUGUAUACUUUUUGUAUAUAUGUACAUAUUUGUAAAUAUAUGGUAUGCAGAGAUACAGUAUGUGUAUAUUAUAUACCCAUACCCAUUGUGGGCUGAAUUUAUUUAAGUUCUGUGAGGACAUCAUGGUGGCAUUGUUCAUGCUGCUGUAAUUAGGUUGUGGCUGUAUCUCAAUCGUGAGCCUCUAUUUUGAGGGGCUUGUGUUUGGGUAAAAUGGACUAAUUUGGAGUUGAAAUUAGGACAUGAAGAUCUUAACAGAAAGCUGGAUAUUCUUAGCUUUAAAAUCAUCUGCCAAUUUCCAUUUAAACUGAUGAUAAAUUAGUGAUAUAAACCUGAAAAACCUAAGUAUGUGAAACUGAGACACCAGCAGGUUCUUAAGCUAUAUUAGUACUUUAUUUUCUUGCCUGUAGUUGGGUAUUAUUACUUAGUAACAUACGUAUUUAUACUGAGAAUCAAGGGGCAGUGGAAAAAAUUACUUUGAUCACAUUUCAAAAUAGAUAGGAAAAUGUCCUUUAAAUAGGGAAAUAUGUUCCUAGUUGCCAUUUUAAUGCCUGAUACCACAGUUUAAUUUUGGAACAAUUUUUUUUCCACCAGUGUGUCUCAUAUGUCUCUGUGAGGCAGAAAAAGGAGCAUUAGGUAGAGGAGGGCUUUACCUAGGUGGAGUCGAAUUUAAUGAGGAACAAGAGGUUGAUAACCUUUAUAUUUGCAGCAGCUGUGAUUAAUUUAGUCCUGUCUUGGCAUUUCUAACUAGAGAUUUUUCUUAUUGGAACUGCAUAUCAAAGAUGAGUAUGCUUAUCUGAGAAAAUGCUUCCAGUGAAUAAAAUGCCUCCAGUUGUAUUUCUUUGUCUCUGUGAGACCACUGUGUUCUGCAAAUUGAUAUAUUCACACACGAAGUAGGAUUCUUAAUAUUAGGUGCAUGGUGUGCUAUAAAAGUGGGGCCUUCAAACCUCUACCAAGAAUGACAGGAAGGGGAGGAUAAGAGGAUAGUAAAUAUGUGCAGUGCCAAUUUGUGAACCUAUGGAAUAUCACAGAGAUCAAAAUUCGGUUACUCCUGUCUUCACUGGGCAUGUUUAUUUGCACGGAAGAGUGUAGGAGAUAUUUAAUAUACACUUGAAUACAUUCACCACAAAAAUUAAGUAGGGGUUAUUUUUUUGCUUGAUAAAAUAUAACUGCAAACAACUGUUUACCCCAUUAUUCUUCAGAAGAUUAAAUCUAUCUGAUCCAAUUUUAAAUUAUCUUAAAGAGAAAAGUCAGGAGUCAAUUCUACUGUCCUCCAAAAUGUUACGUUUGCCUCUUCGUUGUAUUUUUAAUAUGUCAGCCAAGUAUUCAUAACAUUUCUCAAUUACAAUGUUAAAUUUAAAAUAAAGUUGUAAUAGCCUUUUUCUUAAAUACAUAUUAAAAUUUGGUGAUGUGUUCUUUCUGAGAAAAUCAGUGAAAACGUUCAUAAUGUCUGAUGUUCGAGUUGUUUUAGUAACCAAAUCAUUUAUUGCAACUGGAGAGUAGCAGAGCAGAUGUUAUGCUAUUUAAAAUUCAUGGAACUGACUCAUGCUUAAUGUGGACAUUGAUUUGAGGAAAGCAGCAGCAUUUAGAAGUGUAGUAGAUGAGACUGACAUUGUGAAUAUGACCUCUGACUCUCUAACAGUCAGACUGCAGUUAAAUAAGAAUUGCUUAGAAAACCAAGCCCUCUCCCCCUGUUCUCCUGCAGUCUUAGACGUGGAUACUUUAUACCUGUUCAUGCCGUACCUCCAGUUCUUUCCUGGAUACUGUGACAACUUUACCUUAAAAAACAAUUUUAUUAAGGCAGUUCAUCUUCCUCAAACGAGAAUUUCAAAACAUAAUAAUUACACUGUGUCCCAGCUUCACUGAAUUUUUGAACACAGAGAUUUAUUAAACAUGCCUUGUGUUUAAGGAAGGAUAAUUGAUGUGUGAAUGGAAUCAAUUACCUAUUGAAGGGAAGGAUGUCAGGAUGAUGUAGGGGGACAUGCCCUUAAAUGGGUAAAGAUAAAUGUAUUAAAUCAAGUGUAACUAAUUUGUUGAUGCCAUAGAAAUAUUUCCUUUGGAAUUCUGUAGAUACGUUUUCUUAAGCUAAAAUUGAUAUUUUUAACUUAGUUUGGUGUAAUAUUGACUUUUAAGAAGAAUUCCAUUUCUGUAUAACGUUGUUAAUCACUGACUGAAGCACCAAUUCUUAAUUUAAAAAUAUUUUUGUUAAUUUGUGUUUUUUAAAAGUUAUAUUUUAAAUUAUCAAACUAUUCUAAGCAGUAUGAUUUUUUAAAAACAUAUUUGAACAGUGCUUUCAGAGUUUUUUAGCAGUUUCAGGUAUACUAAUUCUGCACUCCAUAUUCACUUAAUCAUAAAGCCUGAAUUUGGUCAUAGAACAGACUAUAAAUUGGGAAUAUUUUCCUAUUUUGGUGGACAAUUCCAGUCUACAGCCCAAGACAAUCAUCUUUUUAGGUGUAGUAUUGUUUAUUGAGACAUUGGUAAUUUUAGGGUUGGGAUUUUUUUACUUUUCUGAUAGGCUUAUGGAAUGAAGAUUAAGAGAAUGAGUGUUUAUGUCACUUUUCAGAAUGAGAUGGGGAAUUAUAGCUAGCCUUCCUUUAGGUCUGCAGUAAACAAUAUUUAAAAUUUUAUGUUAUAUUACUAAUAUUCUUUUCUCUUUUGAAACUAUCAUGAAUGUCCACUUAUCUGUGAUGGAAAAUUAAGAUUUGUAAACAUUACAAUUUGACCCAUAAGUCUUUUCAAACAUCAAAUCAGUAAGAUCAACCAUUGUAAAAUGUGAAAUGAUCAUAUAUGAUAAUCCCAGAGUAAAUAUUUCCAAACCAUAUAGAAAUAAACACUAUUUAAAUUAAAUAAUCUAUUCCUACCCUUCUUUGCAUGUUACUGACUUUUUUCUAGAUUAUAGGUAUGUGUUGUAAUUAUUAAAAAUCUGCAGGAAAAAUUGCUUCAAAUGUUUUAGGGCAAUAAGAAUUUUUAUUUACUAUUUCUUGCAGAAUGAGUUUUUUAAAAAACUUUUGUUUCUUUUUUAUUAAAAAGAACUCUUAAUGGUUCAGUAAAAUAUUUUAGGACUUUGUGGCUUUUUAUAGUUAUCUGGUUACAUUCCUUUCAUCACAUAGAUCAUAUGACUAGUUCUCCAGCUGUUUUUUAUUUGUUGUUUUUAAUAAACCUUGCCACUCAACAAUCAAGAGAUAUAUUUUGGAGGCUUCUUCCUGUCAAAGUAGAAAGGUCUUAGGUAAUAGGAAAGGCAGAUGCAAUGUCCUACCAUUUUCAUAGUAGAGUUUACAAAUGAAGGAAUUUACCCAAAUAGGUUUAUCUUCACUGUGUAGCACCAGUAAAAAUAGUGGUUUCAAUAAUCAUUGAAUGUGAUGAAGCAGUUUUAAAUCAUUUCCUACUUAGCUCUAAAGAAUUUUGUCAUUUCAGGCCACAUUAUUAUUUUCUCUGAGUAGUUUCCAUUGUGAGGUUGAAUACCUUUUUCUUUAUUCAAGUCAUCACUAAAGGUUAAGAUAAUCAAAUAGGAGUUAAAAUAAGUUAUAUUUGGUCUUUUUUCCCUGAAAAUAAUGGUGAACCUAUUGUCUGUAUUAUGGAUAUUAGGCAGAAAUGCACUUGUUUCAAUCAUAGCAGAAAUUACAUUUGGAGAAUAUAAUUACUUGAUUUCCUAGUGGUGUGAAAUACUUUUUAAAAAUUGUGCUUGUCUGUAACUGAAAUGUUAUAGAAUUGUAACACUAUAAGGAUUAUAGAGGUAUAUUUAUUAGCUCUCUUUGAGAGGUUGAAGCACAAUAAUUUUCACGUAACAGUUCUUAUCCAAGUGCUGCUAAUCUGUCGUGCAAAUAAUGAAGCUAUUUGGUUGCCUAUCUAGCUAUUCACAAAUCACUGUAAUCCUUGAAACGUAGUCUUGUUGCUCAUUUGUAUUACAUUUUGGGUAUUGUGGGUUAAUACUUUAGAACAAAAUCCAUCAGUUCAGCUCUGUGAGACAAGAAACCAUUUGGAUUCACUAGUUUUAUGUGUUCUCAGUAGAAUUAAAUUUGAAGGGGCUAUUUACCACCAAUGACUAAGGGGGAAAAUUAUAUCGUCAAUAUCAUUUGACUUGAACAACUGUGGUAUUGUAAAAGUCUUAUCUGUUGUGUUUCUAAAUUGCUUAAGCCAUACAUACUCUUAAGGAUGUUUUCCUAUUGUGUUCCUUUUCAGCAGCCUUUUUCUGCUUUGUCUGUUAUGGCUAAUAUGUCAUAGAUUUUAGAAAUUGAGAAGUUAUCAAAACAUUUUAUUUUCUUGACCAUCACUUUUGACUCUUGUAUGAUACGUGAUUUGUCAAAGGAUAGCAAGCCUUUCACUACUUCAGUAAAUGAAUAUCAGAGUAAACACUGUGAUUCUGCAGAGCAGAUUCAGUAGGCCCUUGUCUUUUCCAAUGUUUUCUUCUGUUAUAUGGUGCCUACCACCUUGAGGGCUCUUAAAUAAUAGAGAAUGGAGAGUUAAACAUUGUUUUGAUGUUUAUUGAAUAACAAGAUUACAGAAUAUUUGAUUUUUGUUGUCAGUGUAUUGACAUUCUUGCAUUGAUAAAUGUUCUCUCUAGGAAUGUGAUUACAUUCAUCAGGUGUGAACUCUUGUAAAUGAAUUUUGUAUCUUGAAUUCACGUAUAUAUUAAGUGUAUCAUCGAUAUAAAAAUAAACAUUAUUUGCUUAAA